GGUCUCACCCUAUCCACAAACAUACCAAACCUUAGCUGUACGUCAUUUGCCAUGAAGUCACAAUUUAGUAUCAUUUUCAUACCUAUAUUAAACGUGGUGUGCUGUUAUCCUUCACCAAGUGAAAGUGGCCAAUACGAAAAAAUAUUCUGUUCUAGUGAAAGUAUAAGCGCUCCUGAAAGUAUUCAGAAGAGCAAUUUUCCUGAGGUUGAAUACCCAACUAAGGUACUAGAUACGAUCGAACCAUACUACUACCGCGAAGGCAACGAUGACAUUCUUGCUCCUUUUAGUAACGAAGUUAAGAACGCAUACAAUUCUCUAACUGUAGAUAGAAAAGUCAAAGAUACACAGUUCAAAUUUCAAAAAUCAAGUAAUAAAUCUAAUGUCGAGAGACCCGAAAGUACCAACAGCGAAGCAAAUGCAGAGGUACUAGAAGCACCCAGAAAUACCAAAAACGAAGCAAAUGUAGAAUUGCCAGAAGUACCAGGUGGUACCAAUAACGAAGAAAAUGAAGACACACUAGUAGAAUCCGAAGAUGCCUACAACGAAGAAAAUGAAGAAAUACUAGCGGAACCCGAAGAGACCAACGGUGAAGAAAAUGAAAAAAUACUAGCGGCACUCGAAGAUACCAACGAUGAAAAAAAUGAAGUAAUACUAGAGGAACCUCAAAAUACUAACGAUGAAGAAAAUGAAGAAAUACUGGCGGAACCUCAAGAUACUAACAAUGAAGAAAAUAAAGAAAUACUAGCGGAACCCGAAGAUACCAACGGUGAAGAAAAUGAAGAAAUACUAGAGGAACCUCAAAAUACUAACAAUGAAGAAAAUGAAGAAAUACUAAAGGAACCUGAGGAUACUAACAAUGAAGAAAAUGAAGAAAUACUAGCGGAACCUGAAGGUAACAACAACGAAGCAAAUGAAGAAAUACUAGCGGAAUCUGAAGAUACCAACAACGAAGCAAAUGAAGCAAAAUAUACUAACAAUGAAGGAAAUGUAGACGGAGCCAAAGAAGCGAUCAGUGAAUUAUGUGCAGAGGGAGUUGAAAAUACCAACAGUUAUUUAGGUAUAGGUGUAGCAGGGUUGGAAGAUAAAAAAGUAGAUAAAUCAUUUAAUCAACUUUGGGAUAUACCUGCAGAUUAUACUAAUACUUCAGUCACUGGAGAUCUUACUUCAGAAACAUAAUGAUAAACAGUGCACCCUAAUUCAGAUAUUGGAGACAAAAGGUCAGUUAUACCUGAUAUCUGACAAUAGAAUCGAAUAUCCGACCACUAAUAAGUGCCAACACUAAGUGAGUGCUAUUCAGUUACUUAAGUGAUAUCACUGAUAUUAUUCCCAAUGUUUAUUUAUGAGUCAACACAAACAUAAGGGAGUAUAUACCUACCUAUAAAGGUAUAAACCUACCUUCGCAGUGCUUUGUACGUCUUUUUAGAAGACUUUUUGCAAUAACAAA